AUGAACCACGCAGUCAGUGACACUGCUGCUCAAGACAGCACGCUUGAUAAAAGUGGACCUCUCUUGAAACAAUUGUUUGCAUCCGACGCGAAAUAUGCUGUCAAGGAGCACACCAUUGUGCCAGAUCAAGCACAGGAUAUCACCCACAUUGUGACAAAGUGGUCAGACGUUUUAGAGAUCAAUGCCAUCGUAUUGACAGGAGGAACUGGAUUUUCCGAACGAGACAUCACACCAGAGGCCAUUAAACCGCUGCUUACCAAGGAGACCACUGGCAUCACACAACUGCUCUUGGCCACGUCACUAGCUAUUACACCAUUCGCUGCUCUCUCAAGGCCCAUCACAGGUAUCAGAAACAAGACAUUGAUCAUCACUUUACCUGGCAGCCCCAAGGCAUGCAAAGAGAAUAUGGAGGCUGUAUUCAAAGUGCUGCCACAUGCCUUGGACCUGAUCUUGGGCAGAUCUGUUGUAAAGGAGACGCACACCAAGAUGCAGCAGCAACCGGAGCAGAAAAUGGCGACUACAAUUGCAAGUGCAGGACAGCAUGUCUGCACACACCAUCAUGACCAAGAGGGCCACCCUAGUCAGACAGGCGUAUCAGCAUCAUUAGACACACCCGUAUCAAGACGUGCUAGAUCGUCCCCUUAUCCCUUAAUCCCUGUGGAAAAGGCUCACAGAAUAGUGGCUCAAUUCUCGCAUCCUCUGAACGUAGUCAGCGUCCCUGUAUCUCAAUUCUUACCAGGCUAUGUUUUGGCAGAGGAUGUCAAGUCAUUGGAGCCUGUACCUGGCUACCGUGCCUCUGUUGUAGAUGGCUAUGCUAUCCAUGUGGAAGAUGGGCCAGGCGUGUAUGAGAUAGAAUCCAUCUCGCUGGCUCAAACAGGAUCCGAUCAAGAUCAGCCCAAGGUCUUGAGCAAGGGAAAGAUUGCGCGUGUAGCUACAGGUGGCAUGGUACCUGAAGGUGCAAAUGCAGUCAUCAUGGUAGAAGACACUAAACUCGUCGAAAGCUCUCCCUCUGGCGAUGAAGAGCUCAAAGUUGAAAUCCUCGUCAGUGCUCGUCCAGGCGACAAUAUUCGAGAGAUUGGCACUGACUGUGCUGUGGGACAAAUUGUAGGUCAUCGGGGGCAGCGUAUUGGCGCUGAAUUGGGUGUGUUGGCUUCAGUAGGUGUGCGCCAUGUGAAGGUAUUCCGCAAACCUCGCGUAGGUGUGCUUUCCUCAGGCAAUGAAGUGCUGGAUCAUAUCCACACAGAUCAGUUGAAGCUAGGCCAAAUCCGGGACACCAACCGUAUCACGCUGCUUGCUGCUAUUCAAGCAGCUGGAUUUGAAGCAGUGGAUCUAGGCAUCGUGGACGAUAACGUGGACGACAUUGUAGAGCGACUGGAAGAAGCCACUGCCAAGGUGGAUGUGCUCUUGACAACAGGCGGCGUUUCGAUGGGUGAAGCUGAUUUCAUGAAGCCUAUUCUGGAGCAAAAAAUGGAUGCUACUGUUCAUUUCGGCCGUGUCAUGAUGAAGCCUGGUAAGCCUACUACCUUUGCGACUAUUCCACAGGGUCCAAAGCGCCCUCCCAAGCUAGUGUUUGCUCUGCCCGGUAACCCAGUUUCUGCCACUGUCGCCUUCCACUUGUUUGUCUUGCCUGCAUUGCGUCGUAUGGCUGGCUGGGUCAAGCCAGAGAACGUCUUGGUGCCAGUACAGAUCCAGGAUACCAUCCAACUGGACCCUCGACCUGAAUUCCAUCGAGUGCAAGUCUCUAUUGGCGCUCAAGGCAACAUGAUUGCCGAGUCAACCGGUAAACAACAGAGUAGUCGUAUGCUCAGUAUGGUGGAGGCAAAUGGACUCUUGCAAUUGCCCAUGAAGACUCCUGAACUAUCACAGCUUACCAAAGGAACGACUGUACCGUGUAUUUUGAUUGGCACCCUUAUCAACCAUUAA